GCUGAGUGACUUCUCUUUCAUCCAAUAGGAGCUCGGAGUGAGGGGCGGGGCCUGCUGUGGAACAUGGAGGCGUAGUUGCCGCCUGACGCCGGAGCCUCAGUUCUGUGCAGCGGCCUCUCGCGCUCUGUUGGACCGCAGCAUGGACAUGAAGAAGCGGGUCAGUGUGGAGCUGAGGAGCCGGAGCCCGGCGGAGGUGGAAGAGCUGGUGGUGGACAACUGUCGCUCCAGUGACGGGGAGGUGGAGGGUCUGACGGACGAUUACACGGAGCUGGAGAUCCUCAGCAUGGUGAACGUCGGCCUCACCUCGCUCUCCAAACUGCCAUCGCUCCCCAAACUACGCAAGCUUGAAGUGAACGACAACACCAUCUCCGGAGGUUUGGACAAGUUGGUGGAGAAGUGUCCUAAUCUGACGUACCUGAACCUAAGUGGAAACAAGUUCAAAGAGCUGAGCGGCGUUGAGCCUCUGCAGAGUCUGAAGAACCUGAAGAGUCUGGACCUGUACAGCUGUGAAGUGACCACGCUGGACGACUACAGAGAGGCCGUGUUCGAGCUGCUGCCUCAGCUCACCUACCUGGACGGAUUCGACCAGGAUGACAACGAGGCUCCAGACUCUGAGGGCGACAACGACGAGGACGAUGAAGCCGGACCAACCAGAGAUGAGGACGAGGAUGACGAGGAGUCUGAAGGAGACGAGGUCGGACUGUCUUACCUGAUGAAGGAGGGAAUCCAGGAUGAAGAAGAUGAUGGAGACUAUGUGGAGGAAGAGGACGAGGACGAAGAGGAGGACGGAGAUGACGAAGUCGCUGGUCUUCAGGGGGAGAAGAGGAAGAGGGAAGUGGAGGAUGAAGAUGAUGAUGACGACGACGACGAUGAUGAUGAUGAUGAAUAAUUACCCCCGACCUCGCCGGGCGUCGCCUCAGACAGACAGGAAACAGCUGUGACAGAUCGGCUUCAACAUUAACAUGUUUAACUUUUUACAGUGUAGAGUCAGUGCUGAUAUUUCAGCAGACUGUACACUGUAAAAAAAAAAACACACCGCUGCUUUGUCAUCAGAUGAAAAUUGAGCAAUAACAAACUAUUUUCAUUUUUUUGGACAAGACUCUGGUAUCGGGUUCUGUUAUUUUCUGAUGCCGGGAAAAAUGUGAAGCUUUAACAUCAGCUGCAUCUGAUCAGUUCAUUGAUUAUUUUCUGAAGCCUCGUCAGUUAAGAAACAUCUUUUUCUUCUCCUCUGGAUUUUCUCAACCAGAAGUUCAGCAGCACUCUGGGACGAUAACGCCGACUGUUACUCGCUGAGCCCUCUGCUGUGGCGGCUCCGGUCUGUCGCUCCGUGUAAAUACAAGUGACGUCGUCCAUGUUGGUUUCUGUGGUUUGGAUUUUAUUUUUUUAUUCUUGUCGUCUGAUCGUUGAUGUAACCAGAUGUUUUUGAUUAAAACUGAUUUCUUCAGUCAAA